CUGACUUCCGACGUAAAUAAACCACUGUGUGCAAAAAUGUCAAUAUUUAUCACUUGAUUUUAAGGGAAAUAAAGUGGAAAAUUAAAUAAAUUAUAUAAAUAUUGUUAGAAAUAAAUUUGAAUUAGUUUUUAUUAAUAAUUAUAUAAAUUUUUGAGUAAAAUAAAUAUAGUGUGUGAGUGAUAUAGAAAUAAUGAUGAACGACGUUGAGGAAUCGACAGUUGUCGAUGAAAUUCAACCAGAACUUCGAUCUCCAAAAAAGGAAAAUGAAGAAUUGGCGAUUUCUCAAGAUUUACAAAAAGCAGCCGAGGAACUCACUCAGGGCCUUUUAAAUAUUUAUCAACCGCCACUCGAACAACUUGAAAAAGAACUCAAGGAACUCACAACGAAACAAGAAACAUUGCUGCACGAGAUGCAAAAUGAGAAUAAAAAAAUUAAUGACGUCGAAGGAGAGCCCAGUAUCAACGAAAUAUUUUCAAUGAUAAACACAUAUCAAACAAAACUUUCUUCACUAAAAUCCGAUAUGGUGUCAAUUCACGAACGAACAUCGAAAUUAAAGAAUCGAGCUUUACGAUUGCAAAAAACAAAACAAAAGGAAGCAGUUCUUAAGGAACAAAAACGAGAACAAGAAUUGAGACGUGAACAGGAAUUAAUAGGUAAACCAAAAACUGAAGAACCUGGACAGAGUUAAAUUAAAUUUUUUUUUU